AUGGCUUCGAUCGAAUUAAAUCAAUAUAAAGAUGUAAUAUUUCCUAAUCUUGAUGUUUCGCAAAAGGCCAUUGUUGAUAUACUUGAAGCUUUUCGACAUUUAAAAGAAUCACAUAUCAAAAUUUCUGGCAGGAAUAAUGAUGUCAAGAAAUUAGAUAAGUCAAGUAGUAAGUUUAAUGAUUUAGUUGUUAGAAUAGCCAAAGGGUCUUUAAAAAAGUCAAUGGAUUUGAAGGAUUUCACAGAAUACUUUAAGAUGCUUACAGAAGAUAAUGUUACUUCCAAUGAUUUGUUGCAAACAUUAUUAGUACUAAAGGAUAUGGCAAAGCAGAGAAUUAGUGACUCUGAGGAAUUAAAAAAUGACUUUGAACAAUUUGAAAUAUCCAUCGCUAAAAACAUUAAUCAAUCACCACCAAAAGGUGUUGAUGAUGAUGAUGAGGUGGCAGUACAACGCAACCAAUUAUUACAAAUUACAGACGGUAGCCAACCUCAAAAUUUUCUGAAUGCAUUAGCUCAAUUUUUACCAGAUGUUUUUAUGCUUGUAUUCACCCUUGUCUCAACACGUGUAUUGAAUUCUUUCUCAACAGAUUCUUUGCCAAUAAUAGGUCAAUCGCUAAAAGAUAAUACUGAGCUCUCUAUUUCUGCUUCAAAUGUAAGGCAACUUUUUACCCAGUCCUACCUAUCCAGUGUUAAUUUGUCUUGUUUGAAUCUUGUUAUUAUUUCUGGAUAUAGUAUUUAUAAUCGUAAAAGUAUAUCCAGGAAAUUAAAAUAUUUAAUAAUUGUUGCAAAAAGAUACCAUUUAACUGGAUUCUAUAAAAGGAACAAUAACACUAUUAUGAAUGAUGAAAGGGAACAAAAAAAAAUUCAGAAAUAUGAAGAAAAAAUAUCAACAAAAUUACCAGUAAUUUUAACACAUUUAGAGACAUUGAUACAAUUUUGGAAGCAACAAUAUGGUAUUUUUGAGUCACAUAUCAAUGUGUUGCAAUCGAUGGAUGGAAAUGUGAAUCUUAGGUUAUCAAAAAAUUUAACAGCUGGGAUCAUUGAAAGGUGUACAGCUGAAGAGAUCAAUUGUAAAGAAUUUCAUCAGAUGUUAAAUGAUAGUGUUUUUAAAAAUUCUUUUAUCCGUUUAGAUUAA